UACCCCUUUACAUUCAUUUUAGCUUGGCAAAACUGGCCUUUUGCCUUGUGCAAUAAUUGUCUUUCCCUUGUUUAAAGACAAUUAUUUCCCUUGUUUAAAGGGCGGGUUGAGUCACAAGGGAGAGUGGCUGUGACAAAAUUGGUUUUUUUGCUAUGCCCAAUUUCCGAUUGGCCUAUGUUGUGGAAAGAGUUGAGCCUUACACUAUGGCAGAGUGGGCCAGAAGUGCAAAAGCACAGCUGCCGCCUUGUACUGCCCUACCUGAGAAUCCAGGCUGAAUUUCUGUUGUAUGGGGAAAAUAAGGGAAAGGAGGUCAACAUGUUGCUUGGAAUAAUGUGCAGCAGAAGCAGUGCUUGAGCAGGGAGAAGUGAGGGGUGUGUAUAAAUACAUUACUAUAGGCUUCUGGAGAUUGGAAAUAGCAGAUGGGAAUGAGCUAUGAGUGAUGUUCUUUUGUAAAUACAUGAUUUCAUGGGGAAUUGAGUAAUGGAUACAAGGGAAAAUACAGUCAAGAAAAAGUAAGGUGGGGAAAAAAAGUGAUUAAAAUGGAAUUUGGAGUGUAUGUGUAGCCUGUCUUUAUAGGAUUUUGUCCAUUAGAACUUUGCAUGUGGUAUAAUUGUGAUUAAAACACUGUUAAAUACUUAACUGUGUUCAAAAUUUCAUGGUUAAUAGGUAUUAAUUUUCAGUUAUGUACUCUUACGAGGUUUACACGCAGCUUAUCAGAAUUGUUUACUACCUGUAUAUUGCAACAUGCAAUACCAGACAAAUACUUUGGCUAUUCUUAGAAAUUAAUAUCUACCAUCAUUUUGGUGUUUCCUUUUCAAUUACUUCAGUCCUUUUCUGGUAAUAAAUGCUGUAAGGGGAACUAAAGUGUAGUGUAAUGUUUUAGCAGGACUUAAGGUAGUUUAACUUUUACUAGGCAAUCAGAAUUUUCCUGCUGUUCCUGUUUAAUUCUGUUUCUUAUAUAAUGUCCGUAAUUGUGGAUCUGAGCAUGUACUAAGUGACAUGGCUAACAUCUGUCAUGUGUGAUUCUCCUUUCUGCUCCCUGGGAGGAAAAUUAUUGAGAGAAAAACGCAAGAGUCUCUAUAUAAACCACCAUCCUCCUGGGCAGUUGAGAAGGAAGUACAGUUCCUGCUCCACUAUUUUCCUGGAUGACAGCACAGUCAGUCAGCCAAACCUCAAGUAUACCAUCAAAUGUGUAGCUCUUGCAAUAUAUUACCACAUCAAAAACAGGGAUACAGACGGAAGAAUGCUCUUAGAUAUUUUUGAUGAAAACCUUCAUCCCCUUUCGAAAUCCGAAGUGCCACCAGACUAUGACAAACAUGACCCGGAGCAGAAACAGAUUUACCGCUUUGUUCGGACGUUGUUUAGUGCUGCUCAACUGACUGCUGAAUGUGCCAUUGUCACCCUGGUAUACCUUGAAAGACUUUUAACUUAUGCAGAGAUAGAUAUUUGUCCAGCAAACUGGAAGCGAAUUGUAUUGGGUGCAAUUCUACUGGCAUCCAAAGUUUGGGAUGACCAGGCAGUGUGGAACGUGGAUUACUGCCAGAUCCUGAAAGAUAUCACAGUCGAAGACAUGAAUGAGCUGGAACGCCAGUUUCUUGAGCUGUUGCAGUUCAAUAUCAAUGUUCCCUCCAGUGUUUAUGCCAAGUAUUAUUUUGAUUUGCGUUCCCUGGCAGAAGCAAAUAACCUGAGUUUUCCUUUGGAGCCCCUCAGCAGGGACAGGGCAUAUAAACUUGAGGCCAUUUCCCGCUUGUGUGAAGAUAAAUACAAGGACUUCAGGAAAGCCGCAAAGAAACGGUCAGUCAGUGCUGACAAUCUGACUGUGGUUAGAUGGUCCCCCGCUAUUAUCUCCUAACAGAGGAGACUGGAAUAUUCCUAUGGACUACUGUUUCAUCCAUCCAUUUUUUUCGGGGUGGGCUGGGGGCGGGGGGAGGGGGCUAAAGAAAAAAGACUUUUGAUUUUUUUAUUUUUAAAUCUGUCAAGCUGCCUUUACAGUGCCUCCCCAUUGUGUAGCACACGAGUACAUACCUAGUGGAAGGAGAAAUGGAGAAAGCCGUGUUCGGGAGAGAAGAUGGGCAACAAUUCUUUUCUCACUCUCGCUAACAGCUUUAACCUUUUUAUGAGGAAACAGCAAAUCAGGUGCUUGGAAGAAGAAACAAAAAAUGAAGUAGAGGCAGAAAUACAUGUAGGAACUGUGCCAUUUUCUAAUCAGCUGUACUCAUGAAGAGAAAUGGCAGCAUGAAAACAAACCAUGUAGUCAGAUGACUGUGCGCUAGAGGAAUGAAAUUGCGAGAGUUCCAUCAUAAAGGUUUCUCUUAAUAUCUUUUUUAUUUUUUGUUGUUUUUUUUUUCAUUCCUCAUUGCUGCUUCCCAGGAUAAAUUCUUCCCUUUGCACAGCAAGAAAUACGAAGUCUGUAUUUACAGUAGCACAAGCCCCUGAAUAAAUAGUGUUGGGUUUUUUCACUGCA